AUGCACCAGCGGGGCUUUCUGCUGGGUUUCAUCUCAACGCCGUCGAUCGUCACGAUCUGGGCUUAUGGGCCGGCUGCGGAGAGCGUUCUGAAUACCAUUGGUUUCAGGUGGGGAUUUGGGAUGUGGGCUGCCCUGAUCCCGGUGUUCUUCACGCCUUUGAUGAUCGUGUUGUUUAAGUACGACAAGAUGGCGAGAGAUUCUGGGCUUAUUGUGAAGGCGAAGCCGGCGGAGGAGAGGUCGUUCUUGGGCCGGGUGGAGUACUACGCCAGAGAAUUCGACGUCCUCGGCCUCGUCCUCGUUGCCACUGGACUUUCUCUUCUCUUGCUCUCGAUCAGUAUCUACUCGUACCAACCCCAAGGUUGGAGAUCGCCACUCAUCAUCUCCUUCAUCGUCAUCGGUUUCCUACUCAUCGUAAGCUUCCUGCUUUACGAAAGAUACCUCGCGCCACAGACCUUCCUCCCCUGGGCAGUCAUUCGAGACCGAACCGUCGUCUUCACCAACAUCAUGGCCGCUGCUCUGUACGUCUCGGAGUUCAUAUGCUCCGCGUACAUCUACUCCAUGUUGAUAGUAUCCUUCGACCAAUCCGUCACGCAAGCGGCGUAUAUCUCCAAUAUCUACCUCGUCGGCGCCUCCUUCUUCAACCUCAUCAUCGGCGUGGCGUUUCAGUAUUGCGGGCGGAUCAAGUACUACGCGCUCUUCCUCGGCAUUCCCUUCUUCAUCCUCGGACAGGGCCUCAUGAUCAGCUUCCCGACCGUGGGACCCUCCAUCGGGUUGAUGGUCUUCAGCAAAGUUCUCAUCUCGUUCGGGGGCGGCACGAUCUACCCCAUCGAGCACAUGACUCUCAUGGCCGUCUCGCAGGCACACUUCCCCGCGCUGUUGUCCCUGGAGUCCUUGAUCGUGGAUGUUGGGAAGGGUACCGGGUCGGCGAUUUCGACUGCCAUCUGGACUGGACUGUUCCGGAGGAAGCUCGGAGAGCAUCUUCCCGAGCAGGAGCUGCCAUACUUGGAUGAGAUUUAUGGGAGCUUGACGAAGCAGAGUUCGUAUGCAGUGGGAAGCGAGGCGAGGAUCGGUAUCGACCGGGCGUAUGGUGAGACCCAGCGAGUUAUCUUCAUUACUGCCACUUCUCUGAUGGCGAUUGCCUGGGGGGCGGUUCUGUUCUGGAGAGAUAUUGAUGUGAAGAAAUCUAGAACCACGGGAAAGAACGUCUGA